AUGGCAGCCAAGGUAGCUGAAACUGUAAGUACAACACCUGUCGAGCAGUCAUCGCCGACACCAACACACACUUCCACAAUAGGAGAAAAGAAAAGCGAAUCGACAAAGCGAUCGCAUACAAAAUCAUCGGGUUCCAAACGGCGUAAGAAAAAAAGGGAAACAUUGCCUGAGGGAUUCGACCAAUGGCCGGAAACUGAUCAGAAAUAUUAUCAGGAUAUUUCGGCCCUUUUACGCGACUCGAAGGCAACCAGAAAACAAUGCAGCUUCACGAGACACAAAAUAGGAGUUUGGAAAUCUUUGAAACUUCGCUGGGCUUAUCAUCCAACACAUAAUACUGAAAUGAGUGCUUAUAAGAAAGCACUAAAGGAAGUGACACCACUGGAAAAAACUGAAAACCUUGAUAUCGACUUCUAA